AGGAGGUCCUUGGCAACACAGACCCAGAUAGACACGAAAAUACAUUGUAACAAGAAUCAGCUAACAUUGUUUACCUAAUGAAUUAAUGCGUCAAGGAACCAAAGAAGAGUCACUGUGUGCCACGGGUCCAAGGAUUCGACAGCAUUCAUAUCUGGAGGAGUGGGCUAUUCAAAUCUCAAUCUGGAAAUGUUAUCAACAAUGUUCUGCACUGAUUCGAUGCAUUAAUUCAGAUUUCUAACUUAAACAUCUAGGCUACUGUACAGCAUUCCAAAAAUAAGCAAUGGGGCAUCCUCCUCUUGAGUUCAGCGACUGCUAUGAGGACAGUCCGGAUUUUAGAGAAAGACUAAAAUGCUAUGAAUUAGAAUUGGAAAGAACAAGCAAAUUUCUCAAAGAUGUAAUCAAAGACGGCAACAGUGUAAUCAAUGCAAUCAAGGGUUAUUCAGUGGCAGUGCAGAAGUUCUCCCAGACACUCAGUGUGUUCCAGUUCGACUUCAUUGGUGAUUCUCUGACAGAUGAUGAGAUGAACAUUGCGGAGUCUUUCCAGGAGUUUGCUGGUCUCCUACAGGAAGUGGAGGAUGACAGGAUGAUGCUGGUUCAGAAUGCUUGUGAUCUGCUUAUCAAGCCACUGGAGAAGUUUCGCAAGGAGCAAAUAGGAGUGACAAAGGAAAGAAGAAAGAAGUUUGAGAAAGAGAGUGAAAAAUAUUACUCUCAGUUAGAUAAACAUCUGAAUUUGUCAGCUAAGAAGAAGGAAACUCAGCUGCAGGAGGCUGACGAGCUGCUGGACAAAGAGAGGCGGAACUUCUAUGAGUCGUCAGUGGAAUAUGUGUACCAGAUCCAGCAGGUGCAGGACAGGAAGAAGUUUGAUGUGGUGGAGCCUGUGCUGGCAUUUCUUCACAGUAUCCUAACACUCAACAACCUGACGGUGGAGAUGACUCAGGACUUCAUGCCCUAUAAGCAGGAGCUGCAGCUCAGCUUGCAGAAUACGCGGAACCACUUUGAGAGCACUCGUGAGGAGAUAGAGGAGCUGAUGAAGAGAAUGAAGCAGCAAACCCAGAUUGGUAAAAUGCACAGCAAACCAGUCAUUGAGGGCUACUUGUACUCUCAGGAGAAGUGGGCCUUGGGUGUGUCAUGGGUGAAGUACUACUGUAAGUAUCACAAAGACAGUAAGCUGUUUGUCAUGGUCCCUGCUGAACCAAAACCUGCAACCAAACAGGGCCCCACAGAGCUGAAGCUUAAAUCCUGCUUCCGCAGAAAGACAGAGUCCAUAGACAAGCGCUUCUGCUUUGAUAUUGAAACUUACGAGAGAAACACACCUGUCACACUCCAGGCAGUUUCGGAGGCCAACAGGAAGUUGUGGAUGGAGGCCAUGUACGGAAAAGAGCCUAUUUAUCAUUCCCCAAUUCACAAGCAAGCUGAAAUGCAAUUGAAUGAAGUUGGAUUCAAGUUUGUGAGAAAAUGCAUCAACUUUGUUGAAACUGAAGGACUCACACAAGAAGGAGUGUACAGAACUGUUGGCAGCAACAUCCAAGUCCAGAAGCUUUUAAAUGUAUUUUUUGACCAGAAAUGCCCAGGGGAUGUGGAUUUCCACAGCGGUGACUGGGACAUAAAAACCAUCACCAGUGCCAUGAAGUUUUAUCUCAGGAGUCUAGCAGAGCCUCUGAUGACCUACGGUCUCAACAGGGACCUCAUCAUAGCAGCAAAAUCGGAUAAUCUAGAUGAUCGACUGGGUGCAAUCCACUGCCUGACGUACAAACUCCCAGAGAAGAAUCGAGAAAUGCUAAGCCUACUGAUCCAACACCUGGUCAAUGUCUGCGGUAACAGUGGGGACAACCUGAUGACUCCCUCCAACAUGGGUGUGAUCUUUGGCCCCACCCUGAUGAGGGCAAAGGAGGAGACUGUGGCAGCCAUGUUGGAUAUAAAGUUCCAGAACAUUGUUGUUGAGAUUCUCAUUGAGGACUAUACCAAGAUCUUCUGCAGCGCACCAGAUGAGAGUUCCACAGCCCCACCGAUGCCUCCUCCAAGGAUCACCCCAAGGAAACGGCAACCAAUCACCAUCGCCAAGCGUCCGCUCCGCAUCUGCCUAGCAGUUAAUUGUGGCCAGCUCCAGAACACUGAGAAUGAGCAGAAAGGCAGCAGGCAGAAUGGCAGCAGACCAGAGGGGGUGGAUUUUGGCGGGGACACCCCAACGAGCCCCACACCUCUCCAAAGGACCAAACCCAUUACCGCCCCUCCACGGCUCCAUAGGGACACUCAAAGGCAGGCCCUCCUGCCCAAGCCAUCCACCCGCCAGGACAGACACUCAGACUCUGACGUUGCCAAACUUGUCGCUAAGCUACAAGACGGAGAUCAGAGGUCAGAUGCAACAGCCAAUGGUGAGAUAGGAGUCACUGUGAACCGAGCGCAGUCCUUCCAAUGUAGGAGACCACCUCCUCGAAGUGUUGCAGUCAUCAGAGAAGCAAAAAGUGACGGCAUGAUAAAACCGAGGUCUCUAGCUGAGAAGCCUGCCAUCUGCAGACCUCCAACCAGACCCCCUGACCCCCCUAGCCGAUACCCUGCACCCCACAAGAGCCCCACUGCAGCCCCCAGCGAGGACACCCCAGCGUCGUAUGUUGCUUCCAAAGCCAAGUUUUUUGAGAAUGCUUCAAGGUAAUUUGGAAGCUCAUCGGUCUCACCUCCAGCAUCUACUUUACUCAAUGUGAAAGAGGAGGUAUGAUGUCCUGUGAUUUCACCCCCCCCUCCCCUCUUACACUUUGUGAACAAGCAGACAGAGGGAGAGUAAUGGUUUGACUGAGCUACUGCAGAAGCGAUUUAGAGCUAGUUGAGAUAAUAGCUCAGCUUCAUACGUACAGUAUACCUGGAAAUGGGUUUCAAACACGUUACUGGUUUGAAAUAGGCCUUGCUAAGCUUUUAUGAACAAAUUUUGCCCUUAAACCAGAAGUAAAUGUCCGGGCCCUCUCCACAUUUGUUUUUUAAAUAAUUUUCCUUGUCCCUUUGUGAUCAAAACCACUCUUUAUUUUCUCUUAGAAUUUAAGUUGAUGAGUCUGUUUCCAUGGCCUCUACUCCUGUCACUGACCUGUGGAACUGCAGUGAGUAUCUGGACACAUACUGUACUGUAGUGGAACAAAGGAAACAGAGUGCAUUUUGUCCUGUCAGUGGACACCCUCCUGCUUGUUGCUAUAAGGGACCCAAUUAACAUGUUGUUUAAUUUGUGAUAAAGGAGCUCCAGUCUAGAUAUGAAAACAAUCUGUUUAUUAAAGGAGGCCUUUAUAUGUCUCUGUCUGAUCCAAAUCUUGGAGAUUUUGGCAGCUGGAUCGAUAUUUAUACAUUCUAUGGGAUCAACCCUAUAAUGAUAUAAUUUAAACAAAAACAAUUUACCUGUUAACUAAAUUAUGUAAUGUUAACUAAAUGAAUCCUGGUCCAAGUGGCUAGUUCCAGUAUACAGUUAUUUGACUUUUAAACUGCUCGAAAACAAGCUACUGUAGCUACCUAAUACCAUUUGGAUUCACAUACAAGUAGGCUAUACUGUAGUACCCUACUGUAACAGGUUGAAAUGAAAGCAAGCGACUCGGUUGUAGCACAAUAUUGUUAACUACUGUAGUAUCUUAAAGCAAAACUGAGAGCCAAAGGUGCAGAUUCUAAGUCUCAGUUGUUAUUUUACUGCUGCCGUUUAAUUAUUUGUGACUUUUAUUUUCAACUUUUUACUUAUCUAUUUUUUACUUAA